AUGGCAACUCCUGGGACAGCUCAACUGCCAGCUGGAGAAAUUUCCCCUGGCUUGUCAGAAAACGAGCAAGUGAGGGAAUACGAGAAGAUCUUGAGAAUUAGCGACGAUAUCUUCUCUGGUGCUCACCCUAGGUUGAAAGUUCCUCAGCAAUUUGUGCGCAAGACCAUGUCUCGCAAUGCUCCCAAUCCCCCAACCCCGACAAGACAAGCUCAGGUAAAGACUGCUGGAGGUCAGGUAUAUUCUCAGGGUAAACCAUUCCAGCCCAAGCCGGCGACAAUAGGUGUCGCAAAUGCGCAGACCGCAAAACCCAAUGGUCCGUCUGCUGCGACCGCUUCUCCUGCGUCUUCGCGUAUUGUUCCCAAGCCUACGUCGGAGAUUGAUCCCAUCUUCUUGACCAAAUCCGAUGAUUUAGUUAGAGCGGAGCUGCAGUUGCAGCGACAAAGGGUGGAGAGAGCGUUGCGUGAGCAGUUGGAGCACAAAAAGCAGGAGUCCAGGCAGCGAGUCGCCAUGCAGGACGCGAAACCUGACUUUGACGUCUCAGACGUUCUGAACAGGGCCUUUGAGCUCGUCCCUCCAUCACCAUCCAUUGAGGCCCCUGGGCCCAAUGUCAUGGAAGCUCCUAGUGACUCGUAUGAUGAGUCCUUCGACUCCAGUAGAGCCGCUGACUCUCCGGUCCAGCAGAAGCCGGCUUCGGCGCCUCCGUCUAGCUCAGAGGAUUCUGCUGCUGAAGCUCCAGUAGAGACUUAUUCAGAUGAGUUGCAACGGCUUGAAGCCCUGAACAAAUCUGGAUCGGAUCAAGAAAUGCGAGAUACUUACCCGGUUGCAGACGCUCGCAUGCCCGAUCGUCAGAGACAGACACAACGUGGCCCGGUAGAUUUGGCGAACGAAGAUAUCCAGGUGACCCAGGCGCAAGCAGAUGCUUUUGAAGAGCCUGAGUAUUCGCCGCCGGCUCCAGGUGUCCCCCCAAUGGCGAGGAGUGAGAAUCGCGAGAUUGCACCUGAACAUCGGAAUGGAGAUAAACGAAGGGGUCAGGAAGGUCAGCCCGCUUACCGGCCACCUCCUCAGCAUCAUCGUCGCAGAUCCAUAUCACCAGGAGACGAUGUGAGAGUUGUGCGCAACCAUAUCACGUCACCCGCCGCUCCGCAGCCCUCUCGAGUCUCUCCACUAGCUAUAGCCAAGGUUUCCUCCGUCCAUCAACCCAAACAUUCACGAAUAGUCUACAGCUCUGACCGAUUGCAGCCCGCGAGACAGGAUAUUCGGGGCAGCAGUCCCGAUGUUCCAGCCCAGCAGUUGAUGCCUAGGAAGCGCAGGAGGCUUCACGAUGACCGCAGUCGGCCACGCCAGGUAUCGUACAGAACACAAGCAGGUGGCAGUUCGGAAACUUUUAUUAAGGAAGAGCCUGUUUCACCGCCACCUUUUGCGGACACGCCGCCCAAAGUGCCGCCUCAAGAGAGGCCUAUCUACAUCGAUAUCUCCUCACCGCGUUAUACACCAAUGUAUGAGAGGGUCGAGCCAAUGGCGGCGCCUGUAUAUGAGGUUGAUCCUUACCACGAACCUCAUCUGGAGGCCGGCCUUCAGAGGACCACAUCGCGGCUCAGUGUCCGCCGGCCGAUCCGUGACGAUCAGGAUCUACGGAGGGUCGCCAGCUUACAUCAGGUUCGACAACCGGAAUAUACACGCGAAUACAUCGAACGACCUGGUUCUCGUUCGUUUCGUGCUGCAUCGUACGCCGUCCUUGAGCGACCGCCACCGGAAAGAAUUCGAUAUUACGACGAAGCGUCUCCCUCUUACGCCAGACAUUACGUCUCAGCCGGCGAAUCGCCGACGUCGCCACGUUACCAAGAGACUUAUAUUGACGCCGGUGCGAUGGCUCCUCCACCCCGCCGAAUUUUGAUCGAUGAGCAUGGCAAUCACUACCGCGAGAAGACUCCACCCAGGAUGCAGGCCAUGCCCCCGCCGAGUCGCAUUCCGCGGGGAGAUGUCUAUGAUGACGGUACACAGGUACGCCCCGCUGCUAGUGUCCGCGCAAUCUCCGUUGUCGAUGAUCCCUAUGGUGGUCGGAGAUAUGUUCAGGAAAUGCCGCCUCCUCCCACUGGUUAUCGACGGGUCACCGACUAUCCUCAUCCUGCUGCCAGCGAACGGCGCACCUUUGCGACCCCGCUCAUUGAGGAUCGCGAGCCCUACCCCCGCAGCAGUAGCGUGCAGGUUGCCGGCUAUCCCGCCCCACGUGCGACGUAUAUGGAGGAGGCGGACAUCCCGCGCGAGAGAAUCAUCAGGAUGCCAAGCGUACGACCUACUGCUGCUCGCUAUGAGGAGCCUCGCGAGAUGAUUCCUCGGAUUGGCAGCGUGCGCCCGGUUGAACGAGACGUAAGUGUUUAUGUAGAUGAUGAUGCUCGGCGGCCCAGGGAGUACAUUGAACGGCCCGUCUAUGUGGCACCCCGGCCGCUGACGAGGGAAGAACGAUACUAUGACGGAGAACCCGAGCGGGUUGUGCUUGAUGGGCGAGAGGCGGUUCACCGAGUUCCCCAGCGUUAUUGA